GCCACAAUCUUGGCCACCACGAAUAAACCCUCCUUUUUCCUCACCACUCCCUCCCUCGCAGGCUCGCACAGAUCUCUCUCCCUUUCUCUCUCUGUGUUUGAUUCUAUUGCCGGUGUUCGUCGUGAAGCUCCGAAGAUGAGCAAAGGACCGGGUCUCUUCUCCGACAUCGGCAAGAAAGCCAAAGAUCUUCUCACGAAAGACUACUCCUCUGAUCAGAAAUUCUCCGUCUCCACCUACAGCGACGCUGGCGUGACCUUGACAUCAACGGCAGUGAAGAAAGGAGGACUUUCGACUGGGGACAUUGGAGCAGUAUACAAGUACAAGAAUGCUGUUUUCGAUGUCAAAGUUGACACAGAAUCAAAUAUCCUAGCAACACUCACAUUCACUGACAUCCUUCCAUCUACAAAGGCCAUUGCUUCAUUCAAACUGCCUGACUAUAAUUCUGGCAAGCUUGAGGUUCAGUACUUCCAUGACCAUGCAUCUUUGACAACUGCUGCAGUUUUGAAUCAAUCUCAAUCAGUUGAGGUUUCAGCCACCCUUGGAACCCCAACCAUUGCUUUUGGUGCAGAAGCAGGUUAUGAUGCUACUUCUGGUAAAUUUACAAAGUACACUGCUGGCAUUAGUGUAACAAAUCCCGAUUGGUCUUCUUCGAUAAUUCUGGGUGACAAGGGAGACAGUAUAAAAGCAUCAUAUUUGCACCAUCUAGAUCACUUGAAGAAAAGUGCAGCAGUGGGAGAGAUCAGCAGAAAGUUUUCGACAAAUGAGAAUACCUUCACUGUGGGAGGGUUAUAUGCUAUUGAUCACCUCACUUCUGUGAAAGCGAAGCUGAAUAAUCACGGGAAGCUGGGAGCCCUCCUCCAGCAUGAGGUCAUAUCAAAGUCAUUGCUGACAAUCUCAGGUGAGAUAGACACCAAAGCGUUGGAAAAGAAUCCCAAGUUUGGAUUGGCCAUUGCUCUCAAGCCAUAAAUAGUUUUUUUUUGCCGCUGAAUGAUGCGUUGUUGAGAUUCAAUACCUUGUUCAAUUUUUUUGGGUGGCUCUUGAAGAGAGCACAUUAAUAAGUAGUUCCACAGAUAUAUUUGUUAGGAUUUUGAUGACUGUGGAUGGAUUGAUUGAUGCUUCAACCAUGGUCUUCUGUUUUCUCUAUUUUCUUUCUGGAUUUGUAAUGUAGGUUUUGGAGGCAUUUUGACACUUGCACAUUCUAUUCUCCUUGUGUAGAGGAGCCCCUAUCGUUUUGGUUGAUGAAAAGUUUAUUAAUUUCCCAAAUGGGACACAUUUUCUUA